AUAAGAGAAAAGCCCCAUUAUAAACCUAACGCAUUGGGUUCGGAGGUGUUGAGUGGAAGUGGAAGGUGAAGAAGAAGAAUAUGGAGGAUUUCAAGAAGAGAAAGCUGGAGCUGGACGAAGCAGGUGGCGACGGUGAUUUUUCUUCCAAGGAAGAGCUUCGCUUCCUCAUCGAACCUCUCGCUAAACCCCAGCUCGUCGAUCUUCUUGCCAAACUAGGGUCCCAAUAUCCUUCAAUUGCAGAAGAAAUAAAAAGUAUUGCAAGUGCAGAUCCUGCCCAUCGAAAGCUUUUUGUCCGUGGCUUGGCCUGGAAUACCACUUCAGAAACUUUGCGUGCUGCAUUUCAAGAGCAUGGAGAAAUUGAGGAAGGAGCUGUGAUCUAUGAUAAAGUGACAGGAAAAUCCCGUGGCUAUGGAUUUAUAACUUUCAAAAAUAUGGAAUCAACUCAGCAAGCAUUGAGAGCCCCUAGCAAGUUAAUCGAUGGGAGAUUGGCUGUCUGUAAUCUAGCUUGUGAGAGUCUAAGUGGAACAAGUAGUGCUCCUGAUCUUUCCCUGAGGAAGCUUUACAUUGGAAGCUUAUCACCAGAAGUCACAAGUGAAAUUCUCCUUAACUAUUUUGCAAGGCAUGGUGAAAUAGAGGAAGGUUCAGUUGCAUAUGACAGGGAUACAAAUGAAUCACGUGGUUUUGGCUUUGUCACAUACAAGACAGCGGAGGCUGCGAAGAAGGCCAUAGAUGACCUAGAAAAGACACUUGGGGGAAGAAAUAUAGUUGUAAAAUAUGCUGAUUCCCAAAAAGGUAAAACUGGCCAGCCACCAUUUCCUGCUGGAGUGGUUCCGAUGGCAGCAUUACCUAUGAACCCAGGAUAUAUGCAGCAGCCUGGAAAAGCUAAUGUUAGUUCAAGGCCCCCAAUCAAUUACAGUUACCCCCAAACUGUAGCACCAUAUUCUGCACUUCCUUAUCCAAACCCUCCCACUGCUCCCUCUCCUUAUCCGACACAAGGGCAGAUUCCUUAUCCUCAAGUUUCUGCAAAGAAAGACCGACAUGGGUUUCUGCCUACUCAACCUGUAGGAAUGAACAACUACCCUUAUUACUAUCCCAAGCAAUGAAUGUAUUUUUAAAACUAAAGAUGAUGAUUUUGGUACUCCUUUCUUUGCUUUCCUUUUCAAAUCUUUUUAGCCCCUAGUUAUCUCUUCCAUGCAGCUUUUGAUCUCUUGUAGAAUUUUGACAUUCUUAUGUUACUUGUAAUAUUGAGUAGAAUUUUUUUUAUAUAUUUUUUUCUGAAUAUUUUAAACGGGAGUAACAUUUUUUCUGCAUUUAA